CGCCGCGCGGAGCUUGCGGUGCAGAGCAGCUAGCUGAGGUCAGGGGGAGGCGGCCUGGGCGUCCGAGCCGAGCGCCUGCGCCGAGCGGGAGCCGAGCCGAGCCCAAGCCCAGUGUGAGCUAGCGGCGGAGCCCGUGACACGCGCCUGGGUCCCGCGCCGCCGCGGCCAGGCCCGGCAUGGAGGAGGAGUGCCGGGUGCUCUCCAUCCAGAGCCACGUCGUCCGCGGCUACGUGGGCAACCGGGCGGCCACGUUCCCUCUGCAGGUGCUGGGGUUUGAGAUCGACACAGUGAACUCUGUCCAGUUUUCCAACCACACAGGCUAUGCGCACUGGAAGGGGCAGGUGCUGAACGCAGAUGAGCUCCACGAGCUGUACGAAGGUCUGAGGCUGAAUAACGUGAACAAGUAUGACUAUGUGCUCACAGGUUACACGAGGGACAAGUCAUUCCUGGCCAUGGUGGUGGACAUUGUGCAAGAGCUGAAGCAGCAAAACCCCAGGCUCGUGUAUGUGUGUGAUCCAGUCAUGGGUGACAAGUGGAACGGUGAAGGCUCGAUGUACGUCCCGGAGGACCUCUUUCCAGUCUACAGAGAAAAGGUUGUGCCGGUUGCAGACAUUAUAACCCCCAACCAGUUUGAGGCCGAGUUACUAAGUGGCCGGAAGAUCCACAGCCUGGAGGAAGCAUUGGCGGUGAUGGACGUGCUGCACUCCAUGGGCCCCAACACCGUGGUCAUCACCAGCUCCGACCUGCCCUCCUCUCGGGGCAGCGACUACCUGAUGGCGCUGGGCAGCCAGCGGAGGAGGAGGCCUGAUGGCUCCAUGGUGACUGAACGCAUCCAGAUGGACAUUCGCAAAGUGGACGCUGUCUUUGUGGGCACUGGGGACCUCUUUGCUGCCAUGCUCCUGGCGUGGACACACAAACACCCCAACAAUCUAAAGAUGGCCUGUGAGAAGACCCUGUCAGCCAUGCACCAUGUUCUGCAGAGGACCAUCCGGUGUGCAAAAGCCCAGGCCGGGGAAGGACUGAAGCCCAGCUCAGCCCAGCUGGAGCUGAGGAUGGUCCAGAGCAAAAAGGACAUCGAGGACCCAGAGCUCGUCAUCCAGGCCACGGUGCUGUGAGGGUCCAGCGCACACGGCCCCAAUGCACAGUGUGUCGGUGUCUCCAUUUUUGUCCUUGUGAACAAAGGUAGCGUCUGCCUUAGAGCUAUGACUGAAACUUGAUAUUUUUUUCAUUCAUGAGUGUCCAGCAUCAACUGGUCUUCAUCGUGAAAUGUGCCAGUCACACUUUGUGAAAAACAAAAAGCAGUCACAGCAAUUUGUGAUUUGAAGACCCACUCCCCUCUCGCCAGGCUCCUGGGCCUGGGGGAGACCAGUCCCCAUCUGCCAUCUCAGGGGCGUCCUACGUGAGAAGGGUGGACAGGCGAGGCCAGUGCUCCACCAGGGAACCUUGUGAGGGCCGCUGGCUGCCACUGCCCACAGAAGCCCUGUCUCUGAGAAGUGGGGUGUUAGCCAUUGGCAUCUGGAAGAGUUAUGCCAAAUAUCUUCAUUGUCGUUCUGAUCGUACUCUUUUGUUCCUGCAUCAGAAUUUUUGUUUCUUAAUUUGCUGCUCACUAGGCCCCCUUGCAUUUCUGUCUUACGCUGUCAUUUGACUGUAACCUUGCUCUGACGCACACAGGUGCUGCAGUCGCCUUGACAGGGGCCCUUUCAGGGCCCAGGAAAGUCAGCAUGGCCCUCAGGCCCCCGAGACCCCCGCAGCACCUCCUGUGGCACACAGGCACCUCCUUCAUGUCUGCUGAGCCCUCAGGGAGAUGCUAACAGGGCAGCUGGUUAAGUUAUGAGGAAGUCCCCAAGUCACCCACCUUCUUUGUACCAUGGCAGGUUGAAUGCCGAGUGUCUGGCACAUACUCCUGGUGACAGUGCAGGGGCAACAGUGCUUAUGUGCAGACGGGGAUGGGGGGCUGAGUCAGCUCGUCCCCACCCUUUCCACCGUCCACUCUGCGUCCUGUGCCAGCCUCACCUGUGGUGAAACUAGCGCAGCUCUCUGCCCUCACAUGGGAGGGUGUUGGUGACGUGUGGGGGGUUGGGCAGCUUGCAAACCCCAUGGGCAGGGUGGGACUGCAAAGGCCACAGCAUCAGCUCUGAUACAAGUCCAGGUGUCUACUGCUCAGGGGUGACUUCCUGGCCCGACUUUGGUCAGAGUUUGGGGUCCCCCAGGUGGGAUGCCCAUGUUGGCCUGCCUUGAUCUCAGUCCCCCACCCCCAUCCCUGCAUGCUGGUUCUGGAGGUGUAGAGGUUCGUAUCUUUGGAGAACCCACAGCCUGGAGAGGAACAGGGAAACUAGGAAGUGGGGGCCCAUGUGGCCCCCAGGAAAUGGGCUCUCCCAGAGCCUGCACCUUCUAAUGUAGUUCUGGUGUCUUCCAGAGGGACUCAGAGAGCAGCUGUGUGCUCCCCACCUUGGUGAAAAAUGCCCUGAAAUGAAGAGGUGUUUGGUGUACAGGGACUAGCUGCCCCACCGGCUUGUCUCUCAUGCCCACCUCACUCCCAUUCCGGAUGCACCCUGACAGGUGUCCUUGGGGGCGGAGUGUCCAGCUCCCCCACCAGGGCCAAUGAGUCUAGCCCUGAGGACAUAGACUGCAGGCUCUUCCCCACCCUGGGGCCACUGGUCCCUAUGGGAAGAAGGAAGUCUGUGGCAUAGGGACCAGCCAGUGUCACUGGGCCCUUAGGCCUUCAUACAACUUCAAUUGGAAAUGCCAUCACUGCCAAUUAGAGCCUGGGCAUGUGCCAUAUUGCCAGCUGUAAGCAAAGCUGUUUUUUCCCUUUAUUCUUGUAUGAAGAGCAAGUCUAGGGCUAGGGAAAGAACCUAAAUGUGUUUCCUCAGUGAGAUGGUGAAAGACUCGCCCUGCAGGUGGAAUGUUAGGUGCAGGGGCCUCAUUCAAGGGCAGUAUGCUCUGGGACGUGUGGUUGGACACCUGAGCUCUUCAGCCUUGUUAUGGCUGAGUCCCCAUGUUAAUUUAACUCUUUUAUUUCCCUGUGCUAUGCUCAGAAGGCUGAGAAUGCACUCACGAGAGCGGCCCGUAAAAUUGUGAACUCCCUGGCACAAUCUGAAGCUUCCUCUUCAUCUCCUUGGGCUGCACAUCUCCUUGUGCAGACCAGGCAGGAAGGGUCUGUGGCCUGAGCCACAUGGUUAAGCAGAAGGAAGUUGUGGGUUUCUGAGAGCUCAAGUGCCUUUGUGGAGCACAGGGCAGUGGUAGAAAUGUUAGCUUCCUGGGGAAGCAGGUGUCUGACGUUCCCACUCCAUGAGGGACACAAGCUCUGACCAUGGUGUUGGGCCGUCCGUGUAGUCUCCGGCUCACUUGGGGCAGGGGUUGGCAUUCCAUCUUUGGCUGGAGCAGAGGCCCCGGUGGUCUCAAUUUACAGUUCCCCAUCCUAGAAGUUACCAUGGGCAUUGACAGUGGGUUUUGAUAACAGCUUGGAUUGAAAUUAGAAUUAAUGUUUGUUUUUAUUCCAUAGUUGAAUAACAUGCAAAAUAAUUUAUUUUAACAUGAGCGUUCUAUUAGCCUAGAAUUGCCUGCUUGUGAUCAGGGUACAGAAUUUUAAUACUUUCUUGUUCCAGCUUUUCGAGCUGCCUCCUGUAGACCUUAAGGAUGAUCCUUUUUAAAAUCAGUUUUAAAUCAUUUGCCUAGUCCUGCUAAGGUAAUUGUGUACGUCUGUGUUAUUUUUGCAAUAUAUAUCAGUGAUUGUCAAAAUGAUGUUUUGUUUGAUGUCCUGUUCUUCCACUUGGUAGAAGCAGUUUUUAAGUCGUUGAAUCUUACAGAGGACUGAGCCUGGCAUAGCUAGCUCACAGGGAGCGAGCGAGGGCUGUGACAGUGCAGAGGACGCUGCGCCUGCUCCAGUUGGGCACUUGUGUCCCUCAUCUGACAGCCCCUACUGCUGUUGUCCAGAUAAAAAAAUAAACAUUGCUUGUUGGAGCCCAGGGUGGCCCUUGACCCUGAGGAGAAGGAGGCAGGUCAGACGUGGUAGAUAGGCUUAGCCUUCAGUUGCUGGCACCCCAGGACAGCCCCUUGCUCUGCAUGUCUGCCUCCGGUGGUGUGAGCUUUUGGCCUCUCUUUAGUUGCCACAAGGACGUUCUGGCCCUGCUUGGGGGCCUUGGGGUCCAUAUUUGUGGGUAUCAGAGGCCCCUGUCUGUGUGACUGGACUCAACAACUGGGAAUCCCUGCCCCGCUAGUUGUGAAGGUCUCCUUCAGGCACCUCUUCCCAUGGGGUAGGGGUCUGCUUAGGACCUCUCCCAAGCAGCUGCCUGAGCCCAGAGAUUUGUGGGUUACAUGCAGACCCAGGCUCGGAACCAGACACCCCUAUGUCUACUAGAGAGGUAGCUGCAGUGUUCUCAUUACCCCCAGCGCAGGGCCUGGGUCUGUCCUGGGAGCAUGUCAUAGGUGGCACUCAGAAGGCUCCCAGGCUCAGGGAGGGUGGUUCUGAGAGGCUAGGUCUGCUGCCCGAAAGUCCAUCGUUAGUCUGAAGCCAGGAAAGGCUGGAACUCAGCCCAGCUGGUGGCCUGGUUGGUCUGGGUAACUUCUGUCCCUCUGUGGCUCCCAACACCCAAUAGAAGGGUUGAACCCAUGUGCCCUUGGAGCUGAGGACAGAGCAGGGCAUAUUUUGUGUUUCCCGGCUGCAGUCCCUUUCUGACAGUGCAAGACCAGUACUGGCUGGCAGGCCUUCUGCAGGCGGGAGGAGUUAGGAACCAUGGAGAAACACUACCUGUGUCUUCAGCAGAGGUCUCUGCAAUGGCCCCCUCCAGGGAAAUUAAACAUUAACUGCCCUUCAAGGGACUUUUUUUUCUUAAGUAUAUAAAUCCUCUCUGUGAGAUGAUGGGAACCAGUGUCUGUGAUCUGUGCAGCCCUCACAGUGAGCAGCAAGGCUCCAUGUGUGUCCUCACGUCCAGGCAGUCCAGGUUGGGGCUGGACAGCCCUCCCAAAGCCUCUGCGGGGGCCCCAGGCUCUCUGCCCCCUUGUGCUGGGCUGUCUGUAACUUUGUCUUCCUGUGACUACAGUGUGUCCUCAGCACAGAAUGUCUUCUGUGCUUAAUGUGCAAAGAUGCUGAUUUAAGAACGGUGUCUUAUAAACCACAUUCCUGCCUUCAAGCACAACACUGUGUUCAUUUGUUUUAAAACAGAAUUUAAUAACUUUAGAUCUAACUUAGUGAAUAUUUUAAACUUCUUCCUGGAGGUGUUUUGUUUGUUUUAAUUCUGGCAGAAUAAACAGGUGUUUUUAAAAUUUCCCCUGUCUGAGCCAAGCAGGACCCUGUCCUGAGCAGGGGCAGUGGCUUCCAUCUCUGAGCUGCCGUCUGGGGCUGCAUCUUGCUAGGGGAUGCCAGCUUCUUCUCUGUUCCUUCCCCCCAUCUGCUGUGGGAAAUGUGAUCUUUGUGCAGUAGGAAACCCCUUCUGAUGAGAAAUGCCCUCCUGUGCCUCAGGCCACUCACCCUGCUUGCUGGGGUGUCACUGUCCAGAGGGUGCAUUCUGAAACAGCGAGGGCAAGCCCCAGGUUGGGUCAGCAGAACUGGGCAGGUGGGAGCACAGGAGAAAGAACCACUCUAAGCCCCACGCUCGAGAGCCCACAAAUGGCCUUGAAACAGAGAAAACGCAUCCUAAGUAAAAGCAUCCCCACUGGGUCAGCAGCAUUCGAAGCCACUGGAGUUCCUUUCUGGCCCAAGACGCAGCUUCUCAAGCAGGGUGGGUGAGGGGCUGAUGGGUUUCUGUUUGUCCUUGAGAGUGACGAGAAGCUGAAGAGAACCUGUCACAGCUCAAGACAGUGGCUCCCACAGCCAUUCGAAACCCUUUUCUUGGUGAUGGGAGGUGUAGGUGUCAGUUCUGGGGAACGGGAGUGAAGAGGCACUUGUGGGGGUGACAUUCUGAAUGCCUUUACCCUCUAGCUGAUUCGUUUUUGAGUCAGAAUUUCAUCCAGUUCCUGCCAUACUGUACCGACAGUGGGGCUGAGGGGCGGGCUGCCCGAUCCUUCUCUUACAAGGAGUCCAACCCUUUGGAGGCUGCUCAGCCUCGGCACAAAGCACAUGUCGCCCCCUGGCCCUGCUGCUAGGGGGCAUUCCUGGGGUUCAGGGGUUCCUUCAGCCUCAGCCCGCCAUGCUCUGUGGGAAUGUAUUGUGUGUGAGCUUUGACUGUGACAGCCUCAUGUGGGCCAUGUCUGUCUCAUGCUGGUCCUGUUGACCUCUGAUUAUCACAAAUAAAUAUUUUCAUGGUGA